GCGCUUCCUCACACAUCACGCUUGUUUCCUGGUCGUUGCUAACAACCUGCUGCCUCCAACUUGGUCCGUCCGCUACCCACUCAUGCAUACACGGUUUCCAGCGGUUGUGUUUUCGGGAUGUGUGCGAGGAUGAAGCCGUGUCGACGCUGAGUGCAGUCGGACCCUCCGCUCCGUGCCGGCGGGCCGCAUGGUGCUCCGUGUCUCUCUGCCUGCUUUCUGACGCUCGGGGUUGCAGUCUGGCCUCCAGCCGCGGCUGCGAAUUACCUUCAUUUCUCAGCGUCGCCUUGCUCUGAAAUCAUGUUUAUUUUAUAAAGAUGGCGGUGAGGGGGACACUGUGAACUAAAUGACUGUCAGAAACAUCGCCUCCAUUUGUAAUAUGACCUGUUCGACAACUACAUGCAACAGGACGCCCACGAAUUUCUCAACUACCUGCUAAACACAGUGGCCGACAUCCUACAAGAGGAGAAGAAGCAAGAAAAGCAGAACGGACGCCUCAAGAACAAUGGCACCGCCGUCACAACGGAGACCGAGACGGAGAACAAGACAGAGCCCACAUGGGUUCACGAUAUCUUCCAAGGCACACUGACCAAUGAGACACGCUGCCUCAACUGUGAAACGGUGAGCAGCAAAGAUGAAGAUUUUCUUGAUCUUUCUGUGGAUGUGGAGCAGAACACAUCAAUAACACACUGUCUCAGGGACUUCAGCAACACAGAGACUUUGUGCAGUGAAUACAAAUACUACUGUGAGACAUGCUGCAGCAAGCAGGAAGCACAGAAGCGGAUGCGUGUGAAGAAGCUUCCCAUGAUCCUGGCAUUACACCUGAAGAGGUUUAAGUACAUGGAGCAGCUGCACCGCUACACCAAGCUCUCAUAUCGAGUGGUUUUCCCCCUAGAGCUCCGUUUGUUCAACACGUCUGGGGAUGCUGUUAACCUAGAUCGCAUGUACGAUUUAGUGGCUGUGGUGGUUCACUGUGGCAGUGGCCCAAACAGAGGUCAUUACAUCACCAUAGUGAAGAGUCAUGGCUUCUGGCUGCUGUUUGAUGAUGACAUUGUGGAGAAAAUCGACGCCCAGGCCAUCGAGGAGUUUUACGGACUUACCUCAGACAUCUCGAAGAACUCUGAGUCGGGAUACAUCCUCUUCUACCAGUCCAGGGAGUGACUGGAGCUGAAUCAGUGACACAGGAGAAGACUGAAUAGGAUUUUGUUUUGUUUUGUUUUUUACCUUCAGCCGAACAGACCCAGACUCCUGCCAUCUCCAUCCCAUCCUGCUCCUAUUCUCCAAGUCAGUCGUCUCUGACAUAUGUGCCAAUCCUCUGUCCCAACACCAACCUCUGGGUUUACCUGUGCUCAUCUCUCUCUCUCUGUCUCUCUCUGUGUCUCUCUCUGUAAUUUGCUUCUUGCCUUUUAGUCACCUGCAUCUGGACUGCACUUUAAAACAAAAGCAAAAAUGCUCAACUGCACGACGGAAACAAAAAGGAAUCUACGUUCACACCGAGCCCCAUACACUCGGUAAAGGGGUGUAGACUAGUGGAAGAAGCUUGCAGAGGAGAUUCUCUACCAGGAACGAAGGGUCUGGUGCACAUACAGACAGAAAUUGUACUAUCAUCAUUUAUAUGUAUAUAAGGUCUACUUCCAUGAUGUGUCACCCCCUCAUAACUCCUUUCAUUAGGGCUAUUUUCCCCUAUCACUGUCCAGUCCUUUGAUAUGUCCAUGUCCCAGGUGGAUGCAUGAGAAGUGAAUGAAGUUGGAGACAAACACUGUAUAAUACGCUUAGAGAGAUUUCAUGCAUUUGGAGUGGGUUUGAAGCAAUAUCUGAGCAUUAAGUAGAGAGAACUCACAAGCUGGAAACUACCUAAACCUAAACUGUAGACGUUUUGUCCCAUGGAGAAUCACUCUUUGAGCUGCUGUCUGUCUUUCUCUGCUGUGCAACUCCUGUUAGUCUGACCAUACAUAAUCAAUACUUUAACACUCAAUCCAAACUGAGCCAGAUGCUCUAACACUACACAUGAAAGGAAAUCCUGCAGUUUUCUGCGUCAGAUAGAUCUCCAUUCAAAUCAGCCCUUUAUAAUUUUUUUAUUCUGAUAGAAACCCCUAUUUAUUGAACUUAACAUAUUUAUUACUGUUAUUUGUAAUGCAUACUGGUAGAAAAUGAAGGUGUGUGUGUGUGUAAUAUAGCUCUUUUGAGAGCUUUGUAUGUCUAAGCUCUCAGUGUGAAAGACAAUGGUGUAUAUAAUACACAACUCGAUAGGACAAUUUUUGUAGUUUGCAUGUUAAAUAAAAGGGGGAGAGAUUAAUACGAGGCAAGUAACAACCCAGAACUGCCUAAUAUUUUAAUUGACAUGAAACAGUGACAAUAGUGCAAUAAGAGGUGAAGUUAUCCAAUGUGGAAUUUCCCAGUGAGACUAAUAUGAAGUACAUUUAAAUGUUAGUAGUAGAUGUGUUUCUUAGCGGCUGAUCUUUUCCCAGUGCUGUGUUUGUGAUAUCAAAGUAAAUGCCCCCCUUCACCACGUGCAGUGUGCACUACUGGGACUGUAGCUACAACCUUCUUUCAUCCAUCUUUUUUGUAACCUUACACAGCAGGGUUUUUUUUUUCUUUUUUCCCCCCACAGCUGAGUAGUUUUUUCUUGGUUUGUCUCUGACUUUGAUGGCGUAAAUUGUGUGUGUCAUUUGUAGCACAUUGAAAUCCUAAAUCACAUAGAGGUAAACUUCAAUGUUAACUCAUACAACUUCCCUUGUACUUUAGAUGUUUUUGUCUUCAGCCCAUUCCCCAGGGUCUGUGGCCGUACCCUGUAGAAUAGCACGACGUCAAACAACUUGUUUUCAUGUGAAUGACAUUCCUAUUUGAUGCACAUCAGAGGAAUUACCAAUUACCAUUUCAAACGCAUCUCAUUAUAUAUAAUAGGAAGGAAUAGGAUUAAUUUGCUAGCGUAGUGUCUGUCUAUUCAGGAGAGGCAGAACUUGAAGUGAAAAUAGUGAAACUCCGGGUGACGAAUACACUUGUUUCUGCCGUCUCUUCCAUUUAGUCUGUUACUGGGUGACGUCACGAGGAAUACGUGCCAAACUGGAGUCGAUACUGACCUUGCAACAGUCUUUAACAGAACAUUAUUUUCUUUGUAAAGAUACAACUUGUACAUAUAUAUUAUGUAGAAAGACACUUCUGGAAAUAGGAAAAUAUUUUUUUAAAGUGAAGAUCUUGAAAUGUAAAGACACCCAUGGCAAAGAUUUUAGCAUUACGCUGACCAUCAAUGAAACCCUGUUAAGAAAUACUGUUAUUUUACAAUCACUGAUCACUACAUAAUCAAUCACAUUUGUGCGGAAGUCACCACCUUUCAUUACUUUUACUGGGUUGAACUGAGCCAGGAUAGAAAACAGUAGCAGGAAUAGCCUGAGACAUUUUAGACCUGGGUGAAAGGAAAGAGACUCUUAAUGCGCAGAUCUUCCAUUAACACUUAUGCACUCGCCCUCACUGAGAUGCUCAGUUGUUGCACUUGGUCUUCUAUAUCUUACUGUGAUAGUAUUCUACCCAGGAGAGCUCAAGGUGGGAACUGAUCGAGCUUGUGGGAGGGAAAGAGGAGAUGAUACGAGUCUCCAUUUGGCUGUAAACUGAAAGUGCACUUUAUUAGUGAUGAGCUUCAAUGCUUUAACAUGAAGAACCACAGUUUAACACACUCAUUUUUUUUUUCUUCUGUUCAAUAAAAUGACUCAACUAAC